ACGAAUAGUAUAAGUAGGCCUUCAGCACAGCAUGCAACCAGUUUGUCAUUAUACGUGCAUAAAUGUACAUAUGUAGUACGUCCCUUUCACUUUCUGCGUUUAUUCUUCAAGAUUGAAAGAAUAUUUCACCAUGAAUCGAAUAAUCAUACUGCUCACUUUCAUUGCACAGCUAAAAGCUGCACACGUCCAUUUGGUACCAAAUAAUGCUAAAACGAAAAAUGUAACAGGGGAACUAACUUUGGUUCAAUGCGAGGAUAAUUUAAUUGAAAUUACCGGGAAGGUAUAUGGACUUACACCAGGAUUACAUGGUAUCCAUGUACACGAAAAGGGAGAUUUACGAGAUGGUUGUAUGUCUACCGGUCCACAUUUCAAUCCUGAGAAUGUCACUCACGGUGGACAAAAUAGUCCAGUGAGACAUGUUGGCGAUCUAGGUAACAUAUUAGCAAACGAAAGCGGAGUUGCUGAUGUAAAUAUCAAAGAUUCUAUUAUUUCUUUUACUGGAAAUAACAAUAUCAUAGGACGUGCAAUUGUCAUUCAUUCCGGCGAAGAUGAUCUUGGAAGAGGCAGCAGUCCUCUUUCUGCGUCUACUGGAAAUUCGGGAGAUCGUUGGGCUUGCGGUAUAAUCAAAGCUGAAUAAAUUCCUAAUCUAUAUUUAAUCUUGAUCAUUAUAUUUAAACAUAUUUGAACCUGAGUGAUUUUGCUUAUAUAUUAAGUCCAAUGUUAAAAUUUAAAUUCUCAUACCUUGUCCUAUGUUUCUCCUCAUCACAAGAAUCCCAGAACUUUAAUUUCUAUUUAACAUGCUAUUACUUAUUAAAUAAAUGCUUUCAAAAUG